CUUGCAGGCAGAUGCCAGGAUUGCGCUGCCCGUGGGACUUGCUGGCCAGACCGCUGUGCGCGUGCGCAGUCGGGAAGCGCACGGGUCGCUCGGCGGGGGCCACGACCAGGAUGGCGUGUGCUCCGGCGGCCCUCGGUCCCCGCGCGCUCUGGGCUGUCGCUUGGGGACUCCUGCUCCUGGUCCCCCUGCCUGCCGGGGCACAGCGUGGCAGGAAGAAAGUCGUGCACGUGCUGGAGGGCGAGUCCGGCUCCGUGGUGGUGCAGACGGCGCCCGGGCAGGUGGUGAGCCACCGCGGUGGCACCAUCGUUUUACCCUGCCGUUACCACUAUGAGGCGGCCGCCCACGGCCACGACGGCGUCCGCCUCAAGUGGACGAAGGUGGUAGACCCAUUGGCUUUCGCCGACGUCUUCGUGGCUCUGGGCCCUCAGCAUCGAGCCUUCGGUCCCUACCGAGGGCGAGCCCAGCUGCAGAACGACGGGCCAGGGGACGCCUCCCUGGUCCUCCGAAAUGUCACCCUGCAGGACUACGGGCGCUAUGAAUGCGAGGUCACCAACGAACUGGAGGAUGACGCCGGCAUGGUCAAGCUGGAUCUGGAAGGCGUGGUUUUCCCCUAUCACCCGCGCGGAGGCCGCUACAAGAUGACUUUCGCGGAAGCACAGCGCGCUUGCGCCGAACAAGAUGGCAUUCUGGCGUCCGCCGAGCAGCUGCACGCGGCCUGGCGCGAUGGCCUGGACUGGUGCAAUGCCGGAUGGCUACGCGAUGGCUCUGUGCAGUACCCGGUGAGCCAGGCCCGGGAGGCCUGUGGCGGGGCUGGGAGCCCUGGAGCUGGUGGCGGCACCACCGGGGGCGUGCGCAACUAUGGAUAUCGUCAUAACGCCGAGGAACGCUACGAUGCCUUCUGCUUCACGUCCAACCUCCCAGGCCGCGUGUUCUUCCUGAAGCCACUGAGGCCGGUGGCCUUGGCCGGGGCGGCGCGUGCGUGCGCGGCGCGGGGUGCGACGGUGGCCAAGGUUGGGCAGCUGUUCGCCGCAUGGAAGCUGCAGCUGUUGGACCGCUGCACCGCAGGCUGGCUGGCGGAUGGCAGCGCGCGCUACCCCAUCGUGAAUCCUCGAACUCGCUGCGGGGGCCCUCGGCCCGGCGUGCGUAGCCUCGGUUUCCCCGAUGCCUCCCGACGCCUGUUCGGUGUCUACUGCUACCGUGCUCCGGGUGCCCCAGACCCGGCUCCAGGAGGCUGGGGCUGGGGCUGGGCAGGCGGAGGAGGCUGGGCUGGAGGGUCGAGGGACCCGGCUGCCUGGACCCCGCUGCGUGUCUAAGACCUGGGAGGAUCUUUUGGGGAUGUUGGUGGCUGAUCCAGUGGCCCUACGCAACUCCUGGAUACAGCCCACGCCUCAGCGAUCCCUUGAACACACGACACACCCCUGCGGUGAGCUGCAAGCUGACCCAGCUACUUGUGGUCUUUGGACACUGAAUACACCUCCUAAGGUUUCCUGGAUACGUGACAUACCCCUGUGGUGAACUGCAGGCUGACCCACCUGGUGUGGUCCUUGGUCACUGAC